AUGGACAAAAAAACUAUUGAAUUAUAUAGCGGAAAAUAUUAUAUUACGUGUGCUUUUGGUGGUGUCCUAGCGUGUGGACUAACCCAUACCUUUGUUACGCCGCUUGAUCUUGUAAAAUGUCGUAGACAGGUCGACCCUAAAAUUUAUAAGGGUAACUUUGAUGGAUGGAAAAAGAUUUAUCGCGCUGAAGGCUUCAGAGGUUUAUACACAGGAUGGGUUCCAACUUUUAUCGGUUAUUCCUUCCAGGGUGCUGCAAAAUACGGUUUUUAUGAG